AUGAAUAUCAUCGACGAGUACGACCUGGACAUGUACAAAAACAUUGUCAUGUCUAAUAACUGCAAGGAGGAAGACAUUUUCUGCAUUUUUAAUAUGUCCAGUUUCAUGAACACAUUAUGCUUUAUUGUAUUUUUCAUUAUUUUCCUAUGGGCCCUAACGAUCAUUUCGAGGUACUAUACCUCCUACAAUAUUAUGAAGUACCUGAAGGACCGCAAGGCCAUUUACAUGCAGAACAUGUCCCGCUACAUCGACGAAAUAAAAAUGCUCUGCAGGAGCCACGUGAAUGAUAUCAUCCGAAUAAAAAAAAAAAUAACCCCGAAAAGUGUCGACAAGAUAAAUCUAGACAUAUGUAUCCACGACAACAUACAGUUGGUGAAAAAUUAUCUAAGUUCCAGUGCAAGUGACACGAGUGAUCUGUACAAGUAUGGCGUUACGUUCACCUUCUCUUGCAAGAAUCCUGUGUGUGUUACUCUCUACUGGGGAGUUCUCCUUAAGGAAAUUAAUCAAGUGAUUCAUGACAAAAUGGAGGCACGAAGAAAGACAACCAACGGAAGAAGCACCGUUAUUUGUAUCGAUAAUUUUAAAACAUUUUUUAAGGAAGGAUUUAGCAGGUCGUUACAGUCUAAACCCUCCUCCGAUGCGAUGACUUAUCUGCUGGAUAAAAAUAAGGGUAGUGGUCUCUAUUCCGGGGAGGAAGAUGUCGGAGUAGAAAAUAUUUUCGAUAGCCAUCAUCAUAACCGUGAUAAUUUAUCCACACAACAGAACACCUCCUUCAUUAACUUCACUUCAUGUUUGCACAAGACACCUAGCUCCUUCUACACGUGCAGGGAAAAUAUCACCUACACGAUGCCAUCUGAUGAGAGUUUCUGCGUCGCAGAUGUUUUGGUCCAAAUGGAAGUCGAGAAAAAUGGUUAUCUAGAUGAUAUAAAAGAGAAACUAAAAAAAAAUAAAUACGAACAACAACACUCCCUUGACGAAAAAGUGUUAAGUAGCCACAUGAGCGACGAGAAGAUAAGGAUUCCCCUUACUAUUCUCAUAAACGAUGCACCUCCGAUGGAUUCCUUGUCUACUUCUUCGCUCUAUGGCAACUCCUGUGGGGGAAGGGGACUAGGCGUUUCCAAGACCGUCUCCCCCCCCAAAGGUGUAGGGAGAAAGAAAACGAAUGGAGCCCAUGCGAGUACGUUAGUAGUACUCGUAGACUUCAAAAAAAUGAAGGAGAAAUAUAUUCCAUCGAUAAUAAAGGAUAUUUGUGUGUUUAGUGAAAAUGGAACCAACACAUCGGUACAUAAAAGUAAGAAGAAAAAUGAAGUUUUUCAAUUUUUGGAUAUAUUGGAUAUUUAUGGACAUGAGGAACACGAUAAGGAGUGCCUCAUUUGUAUGACCUCCUACAAAGACACUUUGUUGAUGCCUUGUAGACAUUCCUCCUUCUGCUACGACUGUAUGAAAUCGUUGCGACAGGAGAAGUGUCCUAUCUGUAGGUGCCUCUUCACCUCCUUUAUAAAAUUUCCACUCAAAAAUAUCGACAGGGGGGGAGACAUGCCCUAA